AUGAAGGGAAACAUGAGCCAUGGAGCAGAAAUGACCUGCCCCAACCCCAGCAGGAACAAAGGCGCUAAGAUGUCACCGCUUCAGAAGCUGGAGAGUCUGGCUGGGCGGAUCUUCUACUGGGGGCCGCGCAGUGAGGCGGGGGCCCCUGCCGGCAGCGAGACGGCCCAUGUGUCCGAGCACACUGCUGCCUGGAAUGAGCAGAUGAAGGAGUUCCUAGCCAAAGCCAAAGAAGACUUCCUCAAGAAAUGGGAGAACCCCUCCCAGAACACGGCCAGUUUGGAUCAGUUUGAUCGAAUCAAGACCCUGGGCACGGGCUCAUUUGGGAGGGUGAUGCUGGUGAAACACAAAGAGACCGGGAAUCACUAUGCCAUGAAGAUCCUGGAUAAACAGAAGGUAGUGAAGCUCAAACAAAUUGAGCACACCCUCAACGAAAAACGGAUCCUUCAGGCCGUCAACUUUCCAUUCCUCGUCAAGCUAGAGUAUUCUUUCAAGGAUAACUCCAAUCUGUACAUGGUGAUGGAAUACAUCCCGGGAGGGGAGAUGUUCUCCCACCUACGGCGGAUCGGGAGGUUCAGUGAACCUCACGCCCGGUUCUACGCUGCUCAGAUCGUCCUGACCUUUGAGUAUCUGCACUCGCUGGAUCUCAUCUACCGAGACCUGAAGCCAGAGAAUCUCCUGAUAGACCAGCAGGGCUACAUCGAGGUGACGGAUUUUGGUUUUGCCAAGCGGGUGAAAGGCCGAACCUGGACUCUGUGUGGGACCCCGGAAUACCUGGCCCCCGAGAUCAUCCUCAGCAAGGGUUAUAACAAGGCUGUGGACUGGUGGGCCCUGGGCGUCCUCAUCUACGAGAUGGCGGCUGGUUACCCCCCGUUCUUCGCGGACCAGCCCAUUCAGAUCUAUGAGAAGAUCGUCUCUGGCAAGGUCCGGUUCCCGUCUCACUUCAGCUCGGACCUGAAGGACCUGCUCCGGAACCUGCUGCAGGUGGACCUCACCAAACGCUUUGGCAACCUCAAGAACGGGGUCAACGACAUCAAGAACCACAAGUGGUUUGCUACCACUGACUGGAUCGCCAUCUACCAGAGGAAGGUGGAAGCUCCCUUUAUACCAAAGUGCAAAGGCCCUGGCGACACGAGUAACUUCGACGACUACGAGGAAGAGGAGAUCCGGGUCUCGAUCACUGAGAAGUGCGCCAAGGAGUUUGCUGAGUUCUAG